GUAUCUUCAUUACCAGAAUCGCUUUUUUCCCCCACUUUCUGGGAUAGUUUAAUUGCUGAAUCAUCUGCUUUGUUGGACACCUUCAUCUCCAAUCCUGCUCCUCAAUUUCCCCAUGGGAACAUCUUUCUGGGGACAGAUUCAUUGCUCCCCAUACUUUUGGCACCUCUACCUUUGCACAUUUCUGGUUGCGCCCGUUCCUUUGGCAAUCCCAUUCCUUGCUGAUGGAGGAAAGGAUGGAGAUGUGUGUGGUUCUGCAUGGGAUCUGCAUGAAUACGGGCUGCAAUAGAAAGCUGAGCAGCUGCUUUGCAGGCAGGAAGGUCCCACUGGUUCAUAGGGAGGGAGAAGUUAUCCGUGAGGGGAUGAAAAGUGUGCUCUGAGCUGGAAGAGCUGAGCAAAACGUGGUUGAGAAGCAUCAAAAAGCAUUAAAAAGGAGUGAUUUCCUAGCAGGGAAAGGAGGGGGAAGCUGCUUCCUGAUGCUGGCAGCAAAACUGCUGCGUCCUGCGUGGGAACUCUGCUGGUGGGCAUCUCCCCUCGCCCCUUCCCCAUCUGCCCUGCAGCAUCCACGUGGCAUGCUAUCACUAUAUCAUCCCCUGUGUGAUCACAAGAACUUGGACUGGAGAAGACUAGGUUCCAGGGUGACCUCACUGUGAAUUCACAUGGGGAAAAUUACAUUGCUUGAAGUGCAAGAUUUUAGGAUAAAACUGUCCAUUCCAACAUCGGAGGUUGCAAGCUGGGAUCACACCCUAUGAGUGCAUCAAGUGUGGGAAGGGGCUUGGCUUCUCCCAGCUGCUCCAAGCUGUAGUCCUGCACCGCCAGCCCUUAGGGAUUGCUCAGGCAGAAUUACUGGUCCCUGUAACCUGUGGGAUAAUGGAGAAAUUGGGAGAAAUGCUCAUGCAGUGCAGCCCACAGCUUUCCUCUGUUCUAUGGCAAUGUUUCUCCUGUGUCGAUGUUACUGGUGGAUGCAGAGCCCCAGGGUGGUGUACAAAGCUGCAAUGGGAUGUUGGUGUUCAGAAUUCUCCAAACGUUUCUCCUACUGCCAAAGGGGUAAAGUUCCUCUGAUGGAAUUUCCACACCCUGGAGCUGGACAAAGGUAGAAACUGGGCAAAGGUAGAAGUUGGGCGUAGCCACAUAUUUCCUGCAGCUCAGGUGAGGGACUUCUCUCUCUGUGGGGCUCCUUGUAGGGGAAAUCCUUGUGGGGUCACCUGCUCUGCCCUACAGCCUGUGAUGAGCACUGGCACUGCCCAAGGCGGUGGUGGCUGCGCUCAUGAAACUCAUGUUUGAGUGACCUUAUCACUUCCUCCCCUGGUGGCUGUAGCCCUCUUGGCCCCUCUCUUCUCCUACAGCUUCUUCCUGCAUAUUCCUCCUGAACUUUUUCCCCACCUUCUUUCCAAAUUUUCUUCCCCAUCUUCUUCACCGUCCCCUUCUGCUUCUCCUUCCCCCAACUCCUUCCCUCAUCUCCAUCCCCAACCUCCUUCCCCUAUCCUCUUCUCUCAUCUUCUACCCCAACCCCUGCAUCACCUCCUCCUUCAUCUUCUUCCUCUCUCUCCUUUCCCCAACUCCUUCCCUCCUCCUCUUCUCCAGCACAGAUGCGCUCCAUAUUGGACUGCAACCACUCCAGUUUUGCCCUCCCUUGGAGGACCCUCCUGCCUUAUCUUGUGGUUCUGUACCUACUCCAGCCGGGAUCAGCCCAGCUCAGGGUGGUGGCACCGAGCCUCCAUGUCACUGCCAUCGUGGGACAGGAUGUCGUGCUGCGCUGCCAGCUGUCCCCUUGCAAGGAUGCUGGGAGCUCGGACAUCAGAUGGAUCCAGCACCGGUCCUCUGGUUUUGUGCACCACUACCAAAAUGGAAUCGACCUGGAGCAGAUGGAGGAAUAUAAAGGGAGGACAGAACUGCUCAGAGAUGGUCUCUCUGAUGGAAACCUGGAUCUGCGCAUCACUGCUGUGAGAUCCUCUGAUAGUGGCUCGUACAGCUGCACUGUGCAAGAUGGUGAUGGCUAUGCAGACGCUGUGGUGGAUCUGGAGGUGUCAGAUCCCUUUACCCACAUCGUCCAUCCCUGGAAGGUGGCUCUGGCUGUGGUCAUCACACUUCUGGUUGGGUCAUUUGCUGUCAUCAUUGUUUUUCUCUAUAGAAAGCAAGGUGAGCUGAGAGCGGAGGGGAUGGAGCACAGGGAGCUGUUGUGCAGGGACAGGGAUGGUUGGGGAGGUGCUGAGCUCUGCUCCAUGGAGGCACACAGGAAGAGGAUGGGAGAUUUUUACUGGGAUUCCCAGGGGAUCAUUAAAUAACGUUUGCCUUUCUUCUUGGAAAUGAAGGAGGGGGAAAAAGGAAGGGUGGGAAGAUGGGAACGUGGCUGGACCGUGGGGCAGGUGGAAAGUUCCAGACCCUCUGCAGACGUCCCCACAAACCAAGCUGCCCUGCUCACCACCUCUUCCUCGACUUUGUUUUGCAGCGGCACAGAGCAGAGAGCUGAGUGAGUCCUUGCAGCCCCUUCCACCACCAAAGUCCCUUUAAUGGAACUGAUAGAAGACUGCAGAGUGCUGGGUUUACGUGAUGGGUUGGGACCAUGUGAUCUCUGGGGCCUUGGGAUGUGUUGUGGCCUUGCCAUGUGCUGGGUUCAUGGGAUGCAGUUGGGUCGUGGAAUGCAUCGAUCCUGACUGCUCUGCUUGCAAAACUCUUGCCAAAUCGCUGUCUUUCUAUUUGUUUAAUUCCUUCUUGGGACCAAAAAGGUCACUGAUCACUUACCAGAACAAAAAGGUUUGGGGUCUGGGCAUAGGAACUGCCAUGGGAUGAGAAGGUGUUCCCUCUGAU